GAGUGGCAGUCUCUGAAAGCGCGAGCUUCCUGUUCGCUCGCCAGGCCAGCGUGCACCCCAGGCUGUGUCCUCUGGCGGCUAACUCGCAGCUCAGCUGUGAGCGCACACCUACAGCUAGGGGGUCCGAUCAGGAGUCAAUUGACACUCAAACCUGAGCCCUGAGUAGGGAGGAAAGUCUCCCGACUGUGAGGAUGCUGGGAGGCUCGGGUGAAGUCGCUCGAACCGCGGCGCAGCUGAUUGUCUCCUCCACGGCAGAUGGUCUUUGAGCACAGAUUUGCAUUCAUUGUCUUCAAAUCUGUUUUCGCGCUGGCGUUCUAGAUUUCAACAGCAGAUCUACGCGCAGAUCAGAAUACAAAAAGAGAAGCAAGAAAAUAACACCCAGCCAGGAGGAUUUUUUUUUUUUAAUAGGCACCUCCAGCCGUCUAGGGUUUCAGCUAUUUUGUGGAGCCUCUGCUUCCCGACCACCAACCUUCACGACCUCAGCGCUCAGCGGGCAAAGUUUGCAGGACUUCUUCACAGACCGCCUCGUGUCUCCAACGCAGGGUUCCCCGGGCUUCAGGGAUUGGGGAGGGGAGAUUAAAAAAGAGGGGGAUUCGAAACAACACCCCGCACUUCUCAGCCAGCUACGCUGUCAGCAACCUCUCCUGUCUGCGAAGAACAGGUGAUGCUUCUAAAUUGUGGCCACUUUCUGGAGAACGUUCUGCAGCUGGAAGGAUGCGGGCGACCUAGAGUGGAAGCCCCGAGGCGGCAGAUCUGAAGCCACCGAGGAUAAAAAAACGCAAACUUUGCAUUGUGCGUGGAGGAAAGGGGCUAGCUAUUUCUUUCCAAGAGGGCCCCAAACUUCGGCCCUUGCCGCCUUUCUCUCGGAUUGCUUUGGAGGACACCCUUUGCUGGCAGCAUUGGAAAGUGAGGACGGUGUUGUCGUAAAGUCACUUUUAAGGCGACCGUAGAGGACCAGACUUUUUAAAUGUUUGGGAUUCAAGAUACUCUAGGAAGAGGACCAGCUCUGAAAGAAAAGUCGCUGGGUGCCGAGAUGGAUUCCGUCAGGUCCUGGGUCCGGAAUGUCGGCGUGGUGGACGCCAAUGUCGCGGCUCAGAGCGGAGUUGCCCUGUCCCGGGCCCACUUUGAAAAGCAACCUCCUUCUAACUUGAGGAAAUCCAACUUCUUUCAUUUUGUCCUGGCACUCUACGACAGGCAGGGACAGCCGGUGGAGAUUGAGCGCACGGCCUUCGUGGACUUUGUGGAGAACGACAAAGAGCAAGGCAAUGAGAAGACCAACAAUGGUACUCAUUACAAGUUACAGCUCCUUUACAGCAAUGGUGUCCGCACAGAGCAGGACCUCUAUGUCAGGCUCAUCGACUCUGUCACCAAACAGCCCAUAGCCUACGAGGGACAGAAUAAGAAUCCCGAAAUGUGCAGAGUUCUGCUCACACACGAGGUGAUGUGCAGUCGGUGCUGUGAGAAGAAGAGCUGUGGGAACCGGAACGAGACUCCGUCAGACCCGGUCAUCAUCGACAGAUUCUUUUUAAAAUUUUUCCUGAAGUGCAAUCAGAAUUGUUUGAAAACAGCCGGAAACCCAAGGGACAUGAGACGGUUCCAGGUCGUGUUGUCCACAACAGUAAAUGUGGAUGGACAUGUGCUGGCUGUUUCUGACAACAUGUUUGUUCAUAACAACUCUAAGCAUGGAAGGAGAGCAAGAAGGCUUGACCCAUCAGAAGCUACACCCUGCAUCAAAGCCAUCAGCCCAAGUGAAGGCUGGACCACAGGAGGGGCCAUGGUCAUCAUCAUUGGUGACAACUUUUUUGACGGUCUCCAAGUUGUGUUUGGUACCAUGCUUGUAUGGAGUGAGCUUAUAACCCCUCAUGCCAUCAGAGUACAGACCCCUCCCCGGCAUAUCCCUGGAGUUGUGGAAGUGACACUAUCUUAUAAAUCCAAACAGUUCUGCAAAGGAGCCCCAGGCAGGUUCAUCUACACAGCCUUAAAUGAACCCACCAUAGACUAUGGCUUCCAAAGACUGCAGAAAGUCAUCCCAAGGCACCCAGGCGACCCUGAGAGGCUAGCUAAGGAAAUGCUGUUGAAAAGAGCUGCUGACCUGGUGGAAGCCCUCUACGGCACACCCCACAAUAACCAGGACAUCAUUUUAAAGCGUGCUGCAGACAUCGCGGAAGCCCUGUACAGUGUCCCUAGGAACCCCAGCCAGAUUCCAGCUCUCUCCAGCUCCCCAGCUCAUAGCGGCAUGAUGGGUAUCAACUCUUACGGCAGCCAGCUCGGGGUCAGCAUUUCAGAAUCCACACAAGGAAAUAACCAAGGAUACAUCCGCAACACAAGCAGCAUCUCCCCACGGGGAUAUUCCUCCAGCUCCACGCCUCAGCAAUCUAAUUACAGCACCUCCAGUAACAGCAUGAACGGCUACAGCAAUGUUCCUAUGGCCAACCUGGGUGUGCCAGGAUCCCCGGGAUUUCUGAAUGGCUCACCCACAGGCUCCCCAUAUGGAAUCAUGUCUUCAAGUCCUACCGUGGGAUCCUCCAGCACGUCCUCUAUCCUCCCGUUCUCCUCUUCAGUUUUUCCUGCUGUCAAACAGAAGAGUGCCUUUGCCCCUGUCAUCAGGCCCCAAGGCUCCCCUUCACCUGCCUGCUCCAGCGGCAAUGGGAACGGAUUCAGAGCCAUGACAGGACUUGUUGUACCCCCGAUGUAAAGUUGAGGAAGAACUGCUUUCUCAUAGCACAAAACUACUUAUUCCAAUGGACCAAUUAUGAAGGAAGCACUCUUGAGUUUGUUGGGGAGAGUUGCGCCCUCCAGCAGCCAUGUUGGACAGAUUUGGGAAGGCAGAGAGCCGCCAUCUUGGUCUCAUGUUCCUCAUGAAGCAUUGACAGUCACUACACAAACUGACCCUUUUGGAGACAAGAACAGAGAAAUGUCAUUGACAUGGUCAGUGCUAAGAGAGCAGAAAUGCAAUUCUUUGUUAUGAACAUUACGAAAACCACCUUCCUAUGUUUGUAAAAUAUUUAAGAAAAACAUUGGCAAACAUUCAUGCUUAAUAUUUUGGAUACUAUUUGUUUUUCUUUGUAGGAAAAAAAAAUUGAAAGUUUCUAUUUUCUAUGAAUCCUUUCAGAUACCAAUUUAGUUUAUGCAGAAAAAAAUUGAACAAAACAGGGUACCAGCAUGGAAGACUUUCUUAAAAUGAAACCUGAAUUGAAUGAGGAAAUGUUGUAUGUGUGUUUGCUUAUACUUUAAGCUCUUUUAAAAAAAAAAGGGAGAAAAAUUUAAAAUGUUUUACAGUUAUUUAAAUAAAUAAACGUGUAACUUAUUGUAAGUAGAGGUAGAAAUUAAGACCUUUUUUAAGAAGAGAAGAAUUUCUCUUCCUGAUGUAAAAUGAAAUUGACACACGUAGUGACCAGUUUUAAAGGUGUGUUGUUAUUAUAUUUGCUUAUUAGAUUCUUAUCCUACAUCCCACACCCUCCCUCUUUUUCCAUCAUUUUAUCAACCCAUGCACAAGAACAUGUAACUUGUGCAGAUCCCACAGAACAAUACACCACAGAAACCAGACUCAGAUAAACGCCAGCACACCAACACUUUAAUCCACCACUUCAUUCCCAGAUCUGCUUUCCAGUUCACAGAUCCCUUGUGGUGUCCACUCUUGCUGAAGCGUUUUUUUUUUUUUUAAAAAAAUACAUUCUUCCCUGAGCAAUGCAGGGAGUCCCCAGGUUACCCCAUCAGCUUUGAACAUCCUCAGGCAAGAAGUAUCUCACCUCUACCGAUGGCCAAAGCCACAAGGCUACACUGACCAAGGACUCUUCAGAAUUUUUCUCUGACAGAGUUGUACAGACCUUCUUCUUUGGGUACCCGAUUCAGGCAUGGAGGCAGGAAGCUCCAUAGAACUUUGGAGAAAGAACCUGGGGGAGCUUGGUUGUGGUUCUUGGACUCUUAAGACUCAGUCUUUGACUGUUUCCUUUCUAUGCAGAGUUUUCCUUUUGUGUUACUAAACUCCCUUGGAAAAGCAUGUAUCUCACCUGACACUGUUUCUGAGUCAGGUGGGAUGAAGAAGAAUGAACUCAAAAACCCCAAAGCAGCUCUCCUACUGGGAGAUUUGUGGCAGCUGUGUUCCAAACGGGGCAGUUACCCAGCCUGCCCUGGGAGCCUUGUGCUACCUACCUAGUUCUUAGUAGGGGAAAACCUUGCAGUAGUUGCUAACAGUGGUAGACUCUUGAAAAUGUGUGUGGUCCUGGAGAUGCAUGUAGACUUGCUUGGCUUGCCAAUAGGAUGUCAUGAUUUUCCAGGUGUCUUCCCUUUGAUUCCACUGACUUAGCUUGGGGUUCUUGGUUAGGCUUCUAGCAUUGGAAACUGAUGCAGCUUUCACAGAAAAAAAAAAUCAAUUAGUAUUUCUGAGCCAAUUUUAGAUGACCCUCUCAUUGCCCGACUGGCACAUGUCCUCACCCAACCCUCAACUGAAUUAUUUGCCUUCAGUUUGCUCUGGAAUUACCCAAUAUGACAUUUUUUUUUCUAUACACAUGAGAAUCCACAAUUUUAAAAACCUGGCAUGCUCAUAACCACUGCUGACAGUCCUUCAUAGUCAGGGCUCACAGCGCCAAACUGUACGGAAAUGCAUGAGAAAAACUUCCCUGGCUAACAACCUGGGACAGGGAAAGAAUGUGUGGAAUACGAACACUACCAUCCCAAAAUGGAGGCAGAAUACAAUUAAGCAUGCUUAGACCUGGCUUUGAGCCAAUCCAACCUAAGAACGAACUUUCUUCCUUUCAUUUUUUUUUUUAAAGUAGCAUAGCUUUUAGAACCUGUGAAUCUUUCUCUUGCAUGAGGAUUAGUGCAGUACUGUCUCCAGAAUGAUCGUAGAAUCUGUCAGUAGCUUUACACCGAAGACUGUGUGUAACUAAAUACCGGACAUCUUUGACCAUUCACUAGGACAUCGGCAGCCACAGAUCUAUUUAAUUGUACAAAAGUGUGUAAGGGUUAUUUUUAGUGUACUAAUAAAUUAAAAACAAAGCCA